GGAGGUGCAUCUCACAGGAAACGGAGCAAGGGGUCUGUGACAGGGUCGCAUACGUCGCUGACGCCGAGGUCUAUUGAAUCGCCCUUCUCGUCUAAAAGCGGUAAGCGACUGUCGAAAGCCACGUCAAGACCCAAGCUUCUCAGGGUUGGCGAGGAUGAGAGCCUAGUAGUGGACAAUAAAGGAGGAACAGACCUGGUGGGGGAGCUCAUAGGGCUGCCCGUAGCAUCGGCUAAGUCUAGAACUAAAUCACGCACCAGAGCUGGGCUGACGCAGAAGUCACUCGACAACUUAGAUAACCUGGUGGACGAACGCAGCUCCAUCGACAGCAUGGGCAAAUCUACCUUCAUCAACAUCGUUCAGGAGGAUGUGACUGAUGUGUACCUGAACAUUCCGUCGCUGUCGGAUCUGUUGCUGCAGGGCGUCAAAAUCCAUCUGUCGAACUCCGCUCUGGACAUGUUCCGUGUGUCAAUAAAUAUCAUGGACUCUGCCAAAACACCGGCAGAGGAUGACCGCACCACAGCGGAUCGUGAAAAUGAGAUCAGGACACGGCUGUACGUACAGAGCAGGCUGGCCAUGUGCACGGGUGACGAGACGGCGCUAAAGCUGCACUGUUCACAGGGGCUCCUCGGUGUGUUGGAUAGUGAGACGAUUCGACUACGAGCCCAACGGUACCUGUUGGAAGAUGAUUAA